AUGUUCGGAGAAGUCAUCAAAGCCGAUCUUGACCCCUUCUCGGUAAAACGUAAGCCGACAGAAGCCGAAUGCGCCCAAGACUCCAACAUGAACGACCUGCACUCCUGCUACGAGCUACUGAAUAUUCCUCUGGCGAAGGUCCCGAAUUACGGGUUCGGUAUCGCUGUUAGCGGGGGACGCGACAGCUCACUCGCUGACAAUCAGGAGGGGUAUAUCGUGAUAUCGGAUGUCCUCAAGAAUGGUCCUGCCGAGGGAAAAUUGCUAAUCGGAGACAUUGUUCUCAGUGCGAACGGUGUCUCGUUCGAGAACGUCGAUUACUCCCGCGCGGUGAACGUGUUGCGAGAAAGUGAGGCAAUGGUCAACCUUCUCAUAAAGAGAAGAUUGAAUCCGGAUUGUGUGUCCGGCGCUCAGAAUAUGCUGUCGGUCCAGUUGCAACGCAGCAAGAAGAAAGAAGACUUCGGAAUCGUUUUGGGAUGCCAAGUGUACAUUAAGGAGAUAACGCCGCGAUCGAUAGCACACCAGGACAACACGUUGAAAAUCGGCGAUAUUGUUUUGAAGAUAAAUGACCAAGCAACGGACAACCUCUCGCUGAAGGAUGCGCGUAAGCUGCUGGACAGUGUGAAAAAUUCGAUCAACCUCGUGGUGAAGCGUGACGCUUCGGCCGUUACGAACGGAAUCGAGAAUCGAGCACCCAAUCUCGUGCCAGAGUCGUUAUACUCGUCGGGCAACGGACCGCCGUCGGGGUUGGGCUCUCCGAUGAACAAUUUGUGUUUCAACGGUACGAGUACUCCCACUAAAAUUCCGAAAGCUGCUCGAGCGUUGGCAAUCAGUGAGGGAGUGGAGGAACUCUCGAGACGGACCCCUCCUGUACAAUUGGCAACGAAACCCAGUGAUGCUCCGGUGCGAACAAUUUCUUUCGAAAAACCACCUGAAGGGUCGCUUGGCAUCCGACUCACCGGUGGUAACAAAGUCGGAAUAUUCGUAUCUGCCGUGCAGCCCGGGAUCGCGGCUUCGCUGCAGGGUCUUCAACCGGGCGACAAACUCCUCAAAGUCAAUCAAGUCGACAUGAACGGAGUCACACGCGAAGACGCUGUCAUGUUCCUCCUACGGGUGCAAGAACAUAUUUGUCUCGAAGUUCAACACUGCAAGGAAGAAUACGACGACAUUGUCGCCAAUCACCUGCAUGGCGACUCGUUCUACGUAAAAACUCAGUUCGUGCACGAGCCGCCCCCGGGCCAGAGUGUGAAGGAUGCGCUGUCGUUCAAGAGUGGGGAAAUUUUCCACGUCGUGGACACGCUGCACAACGGUUCAGUCGGACAGUGGCUCGUCUAUCGGCUGGGUCGGAACAAUCAGGAAAUUCAGAAGGGAGUAAUUCCCAAUGCGAGCCGCGCGGACGAACACGCUCACGAGCAGAUGGCGCAGCUCAAAAAAGACAAAGACAUGGACAGUCGAGGGAGUUUCUUCAAACGACGUGGUCAGCGAAGGUCCAAAAGUCUGAUAAAGGAUUAUAGCGCCGAACCGAUAUACUCCGACCAGUGUCGACUGGUCGCUUACCAACGGGUCACUUUGAAACACCCGGGAUUCGUGCGACCUGUGGUGAUAUUCGGCGCUAUAGCCGACGUCGCCCGUAACAAACUCCUACACGACUACCGCGACAUCUACGCGUCGCCUCGUCUCGCGGCGAACGUCGAGGAUCUACCGGGGGCGAGUUCAGGAGUCAUCCGUCUAAGUGCCAUUAAAGACAUCAGCAAAGAGGGCAAGCACGCCGUGUUGGACGUGACGCCUUCCGCCGUGGAUCGUCUGAACUACGCACAAUUCUAUCCGAUUGUGAUUUUCCUCCGCGCGGAAAACAAGCAUGUCGUUAAGGAGGUUCGCGGUCAUUUCGCGCCGGUUCUCACUAGCCGGACGAAGAGCUCCCGAAAACUUCUGGAGCAUGCGUCGCGUAUCGAGAAGUCGUAUUCACACGCGUUCUGUUGUACGAUUCCCGUGACGGCGGGCAGCGUCGACUCGUGGUAUAGGAAACUCGUCGAAACCAUCGACCGACAGCAGUUGCAGGCGAUCUGGAUCGCCGAAGGGAAACCCGACUCGCUGAUCACGGACGAUUUCCUGUUCCCGUCGCAGUCGAAUCGACUCAGCUAUGCAUCUUCUCCUGAGAGCGAUGUGGAGCUCGUCAACGAUAAUCUCCCUGAGGAGUCCUACACAACAGGACGUCUCGUGAAAUCGUCCAGUGAUCCAUCGCUCGUUCUGAAUAACGAAAUACAGAGCGUAACGACGGAGCAAGGUCCACAAGAAGAUCAUUUCGGAAACCUCGCCAUGCAAUCCGGAAAGUCGCCGGCACACCUCAGCAUGCACAUGCAUUCGACUCCCAACGGGAUGGCGCCGAACAAUCUCCCCGAUGAAACUUACGCUAGCCCUCCUCUGGUGGCGAAGAAAAAUCUCAUGGUCAGCCAAAUGAGUGAACAGAACUCAAUUUACGACAACACGCCCAGGAGGGACGGGGCUUCCGCCAUCAACGGCUACAGGGGAUCCAACAGGGCAACACCGAUCGACCCUAAUAACCAAGACGUGUACGGAACGGUCACGACAGAAAUGGCGCAGCUGCAGCGAAGACUCCACGAGCAGAAACUGCAAGAAAUCUACUCGACUAAGGAAGCUGUUCUCCGUCAAACACCUCAGAUCGGAGAGACGACGCCGAACCACUCUGUCACGCCCGCCCCUAAGGUUGACAGGAGCAACAAGCCGCAACGUUUCAACAACAUGGUCGUGGGUGGCUAUCAGAUGCGUCUGACGCCUCAGAGUGCGAACCCGAAUAAAUUCCCGAACGCCGAAUCGCCCCAAAUGCAGGGUUUGGACUCAGAUUACAUCAACACGCAACAGGUGGUUCAGCAGCUGCAAAUGCAUUCGAGACAAAGCUCACUGAUCGAGGCUAAUCUCCCAAUGAGCAACCAGAGUCCGCAUGUGGUCAAUGAGAGUCCCUACGGCACCCGAAUGAUGAUGAGCCGAAUGCCGAAAAAGCCGAUCCCUCCCCCUCCGCCGAGGACCCCCUCGAAGCCAUUGAUCGGAGGACCACUGCCCCCUCCGCCGGGUCGCGCCUCGAAUCAAACUCAGCGAGUUUACGAAGCGAUGGGACGACCCAUCGGAAGCCCUAUGGGCGCGUUGAAUAACUCCAUGGACCGACGAACGCCCGCCGAUCGAGAUCUCAUGAUCAAGAAUGCUCCGCCACCCUAUUCCGCGGUGAACGCAAUCAAACAGAACAACAACGGAAAUUAUCCUAUUUAUGGAAUGUCUCCGGGAAGCACGCCGCCGACACGGCCUUCACCGAUGCUCGACAGUCAGAACUACAUAAGUCGAAGUGGGGGCAAACGCACAAAUCUCUUCGCCCCAUCGAAUAACAUGAGCCCAGCCAAUCUCAACCACAACAACAACAAUAAUAAUAAUAAUAACGCCAACAAUCACAAUAACAUGAGCAGCGGGGGCAGUAACAAUAUGAACAGCAAUUUGAACGGCAACAAAAUCGAGAUGAACAACAACAACCAGGAUUAUAAUGACAAGCAACCCGGUUACCAGGUCAACAACGGACCCUAUCUCAACCUUCCUUACAGCUCAUACCGUGGACCGGGAGCUCCUCCCCCUCUGCCACCGCCAAUGAGCUACCCAGAAGCGACUCGGGGAAGCGCGUUCGAACUUUACAAGAAACCAGACCUUGUCGGCCCUCCUUCAGGACACAGUCCUGCUUAUAAGCGGAGCAUCCUAACCGAUGUCGACGAUGAAUACGCCAACCUCGGAGACCAUCCUCGCGAACGACCUGACGAUCCAACUCCUCUGAAUGGGAACGUGGUCGCUUACGUGCAAGGUGUGUUCAAUUCUCAAGGAGGACGACUCUAUUCUGAACGAACCGGUGUCUCCCUCGUCAUCCCGGAAGGGGCGAUACCCGAAGGCGUUCAACAGGAAGUCUAUUUCAAAGUUUGUCAAGAUGACUCCAUGCUGCCACCAUUGGACCGCGGUCGCGGAGAGACCUUGCUGAGUCCUCUGGUGAUGUGUGGCCCUCACGGUUUGAAGUUUCUCAAAGCGAUCGAACUACGUUUACCUCAUUGUGCCGCUCUGAACCCUGAUCAUUGGUCGUUCGCCCUCAAAUCGACCGACACUGCGGGAGGAGUUCCAUCCGAAUGGCAGAACGUCUCUCUCGACAACAUGAAAGGCGUCGCUUCGUCUCAAAUCAAAGACAACCACAUUCUCGUGAAAGUCGACCAUUUCUGAACAUGUACACAAGCAAUUUCAGCGCAUUAUUCUCAUCGGACCAUCUCGGACAGUAUUUAUCCAGAAUAGCUCACGUGGAUCGCAUGCCCGGCCUUAUUCUGUGAAGUUCUCGCCUGUUUCUCAGAAACAUUCACAUGGUUGAUGCAACAACGUUCAACUGUUCCCGUGAUUAUAUUUCACAAAUCAUCUGUUCGUGUAGAAAGUGAC